AUGAGCAUGCGCAGCGCAGACGUGUGGCUCCAGCAGCAGCAGCAGCAGGACCGGGAGCAGCAGGACCGGGAGCAGCAGGACCGGGAGCAGCAGCACCGGGAGCAGCAGGACCGGGAGCAGCAACACCGGGAGCCUGCAGCCAAAGUCCCCGCGGAUCACGUCCUAUUCUCCGGAGCGAUAUUAUUCCCUGGUGCCUUCGACCAGCGGGGGUGUCCUCUGGUGGUGUUCCCGGUGGAAGCACAGUCCGGACUCUCCACGGUCCUCAGUAAAGCGGAGGUGGUGGACUUCAUAACCUUCUGUCUCUCGCAGCAUCAUAAAACAAAGAGGAGCCGUUUGGUUUCUGUCGUGGCCGAUCUGAGAGAAGCGUCUGCAUCUUCCACUCGCUUCAUCGCCGAGACGCUGCUCCUGCUCGAGCAACAGAAAAGCGUUCACAGUGCUUAUAUAAUUCAGCCGAAGAAAAAAGAUGUGCUUCGUCUGUUGUGCAAACUGUGGGGCCAGUCCAAACCUCAGGCUUUUAAGAAAGUUCUCCUCAAAGACGUCUUUGAACUGGCAAACUAUGUCGACCGGAGUCAGCUGACGCCGUCGCUGGGAGGAUACUUUGUUUACUCUCACCAGAGCUGGGCCGCCUUCACCAAGGAGAUGAAUGCUUUUGAGGAGAGGUUUGUUUGUGUGACGCAGCGGCUGCCGACCGGACUCUCCGCUCUCCAGACUUUGUCCAGACUUCCUCUGCCCAACUCUGUCUCUGAGCUCCAGAUAUUCUGCUCCACCACCGAGGAUCGCUUUCAUCAAGUUCAAAGAGAGCUGGGACUCCAUGAUGCUCUUGGACACUGCAAACUUCUGUUGGAGAAACUCCGAGCCCCGGAUCGUGACCCUCACUUUCAGGCCAUGGCCGGGACCGUGUUGUUCACGCUACACUUCGCCAGAGUUCUGCAGAACCACCGCAGGAUCGAUGCAGCGCUGCAGAAAGUGGAAAUAUUGUGGGAGCAGCUUUAUUCCAGGUCUCGGCUGCAGUUGGAGGUUCUGCAGAUGAGAGAAGCCGCUCUGCAGAUCACGGAGCAGAUCGAAGGCCUGCUCCAGGACACGCUGCAGCCGUACAACAUGCAGCUGGCGGCGGAUGCAGCGGAGGCCGAGCGGCUCUCCUCAGACUUCCACUCCUCGGUCUACGCUCCGGCCAUGUCGUUGGUGGUCGCGGCUGAUGAAGUGAUCCACACGUUAACAGAGCUGCUCAGUGACGCGUCGAGCCGAGAGCGAUGGAUCCUGGAUCUGCAGAGACUGAAGGACAAGCUCCAGGCCACAGUGCACCUGACUCUGCAGACGCUGCAGGCUGUGGCCAAAUACCACCGAUUCUACAACAAGGCUCACAGCUGGUACAGGUCGGUUCUAUCGGAGAACUUCCUGCAGGACUUUCUCUCUGAAGAGGAACCACAGAAGAAGCCGUGGGGAGCCGUCCCCGAGUGGAGGAGGAGGCUCCGUGUGCUCCUUCAGAACAGGCCCCCCCCACACAUGGAGGAGCUGGUCCAUCUGGGACAUCUGGCCUCGGUCAUCCCCGACAAACGCCUGCAGCACGAGGGCAGGCAGCUGUCGCAUCGGUGUCUGACUUUGAGACGGAUCAUGUUGUCGUCCAAAGCCGUGCCGUUAGCUCAGCUUCAGGCGGCCCUUCAGUGGCAGUUUGAGCUCCUGCAGAAUUCUCAGGGCAAACCAACUGAACACUCUGCGUCAGACCGGUCCAGUCAGGAGCCGAACCCCAGGAUGGAGGACCGUAAGCUGGACCUCCUCAGACCAGGUCCCGCGGUGGAAGGAAAGCCAUCGUCUCUCAGUUCCUUUGACUCUGGGUUUGAAGGAGCAGGAAGCAGCGUGUUGGAAGCACAGGUCGUGACUCCGGACGCUCAGCCUCGGAACCAUCGGAGCCGUGGAGAGACCGAGACAAACCUUUCUGAUUCUGGUGGGUUUGGAUCACUUGGAGACUCCUCUCGGCCCAGUGCUGCUCCCAGAGAGGCCCUUCAGUCCCUUGACCUGGAGCGGAGAGAUUCUUGCAACAUCUCCAUCCGACAAAUGCAUGAAGAGCUGUGUCCUGCUGCUUCAUGGACUCUGAAUCUGGGCAGCCUGGAGGACUCGGACCUCAGCUCUGUCACGCAUGUCCUGUCCAGCACCGUCACAGAGGCCGCGAACCAGGCCACGGACCAGACUACAGACCAGACUACAGACCAGACCACAGCUGGACCCUCCAUGCUCUGGGACUCCUACGACCUCCAUGAACAAUACCUGGAUGCAACAGAAUGUGCUGCUUCUCUGAAGGACUGGGACGUCCAGGAGGAGGAGCACCUGUGUGAGGUGGAGCGGAGCCUGGAGCGUACGGAGCAGAUCCUGGCAGAGGAGGAGCGAGUUUUGGCUCAAAAGGCUCAGCUGGAGGUUCUGCUCGACGAUGCCGGGUCGCCUCCUCUGCUUUCUUUGGACAAACGGAUGUGCACAGAUGAAUCUCAUGAUGUGGAUCUUCACCAGUUUGAUCCUGAAUCACAAACUGACACAGACUUUGGGGGAGGUUUUGAGCCUGGAGACUGGAACUCUAAACUGGACCCCGUCUCCGAACUCGAAGAGGUCCGUGCUCUGGACCAGAAGAUCUUGGAGGAGGAAUUAAAAAUCGCUUUGCUCCGGCGAGAAAAACGUUUAGACGAAGCUCAGCAGAGGACGUCAGAAACACUGGAAGAACAGGACGCCCAGACACCGCUGUUAUUGGACAAAAUGGAGCAGGGAAAUCUCGAGGGUCAAACUGUGAGACCGAGACGACGCGUGAAGGAGCGAGACCGAGCGUCCCGAGUCAUCAGAUGCUCUAUAAUGUCCAGAGCAGAGAGUGAAGACGAUCGAGCCGUCUGUCAGAGGCUUUCUGAUCUCUGCGGCGAAGGGAGGUCACCAGAGAAUGUCAGACAUUUCUCUUCUGAGCCACCGGAGAAUGAAGAUUUAUCUGUGGUUUUGGAAUUACACAAAACCUCCCAUCCUCCCACUGACUCCCCCGUCUCUCUCAACACAACAGCCCCACCCAGAAAUCUAGAGCAAGCGUCUUCUGUUGAAAGCGUCUCUUCUGACAGCUCAGUGGAAGAGGCCUUGCCACGCCUCCAGCCCGUUCCCAAGCCCAGGCAGAAUCCUCCAAUGACUCAGUCUAAAUCUCUCAACACUGAGGUUGGUGUGACCUUGUGUGCCUCUAUCACUCCUGGAGGGAGUGGAUCUCUGGAUGUUCUGGAGCUUGCACCGCUGACCUCCAGAGACUUGGGUUGUGAUGUACCCACUGAGGACACCACAGACCAGGGGGGUGGGGGUAUAGAUGACCAGGAUGGAGGAGGUGCAGCCUUGGACCAGGGUGGUGGAGGUGGGGCCUUAGACCAGGGUGGUGGAGGAGGUGGGGCCUUGGACCAGGGUGGAGGAGGAGGUGGGGCCUUAGACCAGGGUGGUGGAGGAGUUGGGGCCUUGGACCAGGGUGGAGGAGGUUGGGCCUUGGACCAGGGUGGAGGAGGAGUUGGGGCCUUGGACCAGGGUGGUGGAGGAGGUGGGGCCUUGGACCAGGGUGGUGGAGGAGGUGGGGCUUUGGACCAGGGUGGAGGAGGAGGUGGGGCCUUGGACCAGGGUGGAGGAGGAGUUGGGGCCUUGGACCAGGGUGGUGGAGGAGGUGGGGCCUUGGACCAGGGUGGUGGAGGAGGUGGAGCUUUGGACCAGGGUGGAGGAGGAGGUGGGGCCUUGGACCAGGGUGGUGGAGGAGGAGUUGGGGCCUUGGACCAGGGUGGUGGAGGAGGAGUUGGGGCCUUGGACCAGGGUGGUGGAGGAGGAGUUGGGGCCUUGGACCAGGGUGGUGGAGGAGGAGGUGGGGCCUUGGACCAGGGUGGAGGAGGAGGUGGGGCCUUGGACCAGGGUGGAGCUCCAGUUGUUUGUCCAAAUCUGGAGCUGCUCAGUAAUAAUAAUAAUAACUGUGUGCGUUCUGAGGGCGGAGCACAGACGGCUCUGGACCAGGAUCCUGAUCAGAUUGAAGACCUCCGCUCCUGUGAGGACCAUGUGAGGCCCGUCCCAGUGUGCGCUCCGCUGUGUGACCUCCAACAUGUGACGUCUGCCUCCGGGACACGGCACCAGGGCAGACACACUCAGUUGCAGCCUUCAGACUUGGGCCGCACCAUCGUCCUGGACACUGGCUCUGGUUUGAUGAAAGCUGGUUUUGCUGAUGAAGAUCUUCCUAGUGUCAUCUUUCCAACGAUAAUAGGAGAGCCAAAGUACGAGGAGGUGAUGAAUGGCAGCUCGGAGAGGGAGCUGUAUGUGGGGUACGAGGCCCAGCACAUGAGGGGGGUCCUGGCUUUGAGGCGUCCCAUCAAACACGGAGUCAUCCACAACUGGGACGACAUGGAGAAGAUUUGGCAGCACACCUUCGACCUGUUGCGUGUGGACCCAGAGGAGCACCCUGUCCUGCUCACGGAGGCUCCCAUGAACCCUGUGGAGAACCGGCAGCGUGCGGUGGAGAUCAUGUUUGAGCUCUUCAGAGUUCCCUUCUGUUACGUCUCCAUGCAGGCCGUGCUGGCCCUGUACGCUGCCGGCAGGACCACGGGUGUGGUGCUGGACUCUGGGGACGGAGUGACCCACAGCGUCCCGGUCUAUGAGGGUUACGUCCUGUCCCAUGCUGUGCAGCGCCUCCCUCUGGCUGGAGCUGACGUCAGCGCUCACCUCACAAAGCUGCUGCAGGAGCAGGGCGUCUGCCUCAGGACCUCAGCGGAGCAGGAGAUCGUUCGGGAGAUGAAGGAGAAGUGCUGCUAUGUGGCUCUGAGGUACGAGGACGAGCUGCGGGACGGCUGCGGCGCAGCGAGCUACACGCUGCCGGACGGGAAGACGGUGACGCUGACGUCAGAGAGGAUCAGAGCCCCAGAGAUCCUCUUCAAACCGGAGCUGAUUGGCCGCGAUCACUAUGGCCUCCACGAGAGUCUGUACAAAUCCAUCCUGAGCUCAGACCUGGACCUGCGGCGGGACUUCCUGGGGAAUGUCCUUCUGUCUGGGGGGACCACUCUUCUCCCUGGGCUCCCGGAGCGCCUGGAGGCCGAGCUGAGCCGCCUCGUGCCCGGUGACCCUGGCUCCGCUGUGAGGGUGGUCAGUCCCUCAGACCGGGACUUCUCGGUGUGGUGCGGGGGAGCGGUGCUGGCCAACCUCUCCUCCUUCUGCUCCCUGUGGAUCAGCCAGAGCGAGUACGAGGAGCACGGGCCUCACAUCGUCCUCCGCAAGUGCUUCUGA